AGCUUACAGUUUCAGAGGUCAGAGGUUCAGUCCAUUAUCAUCUUGACAGGGAGCAUGGCAGCAUGCAAGCAGACGUGGUGCUAGAGGAGUAGCAGAGAGUCCUACAUCUUACAGGCAACAGGGAGUCAAUUGAGACACUGGGUGGUAUCCUGAGCAUAGGAAACCUCAAAGCCUGCCCCCAUAGUGACAUACUUCCUCCAACAAGGCCAUACUCACUCCAAGAAAGCAACACCUCCUAAAUAGUGCCACUCCCUAUGAGAUUAUGGGGGCCAAUUACAUUCAAAUUACCACAUUCCACUCCUUGGCCCCCAUAAGCUUGUAAUAAUAUCAUGAUGCAAAAUGCAUUUAGUCCAACUUCAAAGGUCUCCAUAGUCUAUCACAGUCUCAACAAUAUUUAAAAGUACAAAGUUCAAAGUCUCUUCUAAGAUUCGUGCAAUCUCUUAACUGUAAUCCCCUGUAAAAUCAAAAUCAAAAAGCAGAUCACAUACUUCCUACAUAUAAUGGCACAGGAUAUACAUUACCAUUCCAAAAUGUAGGAAAGGGAGCAUAGUGAGGAAAAACUGGACCAAAGCAAGACCAAAAACCAGCUGGUCAAACUCUAAACUCUUCAUCUCAUAUCUGAUGUCAAAGUGCUCUUCAGAUCUCCAACUCCUUUCAGCUUUGUUAACUUCAACACAUUUCUUUCUUUGGCUGUUUCCACUCUCUGUUAGUAGCUCUCCUCGGCAAGUAUUCCACGACUCUGGCAUCUCUAACAUCUUGGGUUCUCCAAGGCAAUCCAGGCUUUAACUUCACAGCUUCAUGCAAUGGCCUCUCUACUAGGCCUCCAUUCAGGGACACUCUUGACACAUUCCUGGUCUCAGUAACUGUCCUUAGGCAUAGAGGCAAAUUCCAUAAUCCAUUUCUUUUAUCCUUAACUCUAAAGCCAGAACCAUAUGGCUGAAGCUGCCAAGUUCUGUUACUUACUGGGAUUGGAACAUGGCCCCUUCAUUCAAUUACAUCUUCGCCAGCUUUCUGUCCUUCACUACCUAAGCUUGGCCAUCCUGAAACUGGAUUUCUAGACCAGGCUGGCCUCAAACUCAGAAGUCUUCUAGCCUCUGCCUUCCCAGUGCUGGGAUUAAAAGUGUGCCCACCACACCCAGCUCUAAGCUUUUCUUUAGUUUCUUUCCACAAGUUGGAAAUUUGGCUAGGUUGGAUCUUGCUCUGAGAUCACCACUCCCUUUAUUUCUUAAUUUGUUUAUCUCCUUGAGCACAGCACUUAAAGCCAUUCCUUUUCUCCUCAAAUUGUACAUUUUAUUGCUCCUUUUCAUUAUAAAUUUCCAUUAGAGUUACUAUUAAUAACCAUAUGACAGAGUCUAUACUAGGCUCUUUUGAGAUUUCUUCUGCUGAUGGAAUUAAUCCAAAACUCUUCACUUUAGCCUCAGGCAGACUCUUUGGACAAGGGCAAAAAGAAGCCAUUUUCUUCACCAAAGUAUCUCUAGGCCACAUACUAACAUUCUUCUCCUCUGAAACCUUUUGAUCCCCACCAUUUACCAAAUCACAUUCAGCACCACUGUCUUCCAUGCUCCUACUAGUAUGGACCAUUAAGCAGUGCUUAAAGCAUUCCACUGCUUUCCUAACCCAAACUCCCAAAGUCCAUAUUACUCCAAACAAAAAUAUGAUCAGGCCUAUCACAACAAUACCCCAGUGCCUGAGACCAACUUCUGUCUUAGGGUUUUUAUUGCUGUGAAGAGACACCAUGAUCCUGGCAACUCUUAUAAAGAAAACAUUUAAUCUGGAGUGACUCACAGUUUCAGAGGUCAGAGGUUCAGUCCAUUAUCACUAUGGGGAGCAUGGCAGCAUGCAGGCAGACAAUGUGCUGGGGCAGCUGAGAAUCCUACAUCUUUAAGGCAAUAGGAAGUCAACUGAGACACUGGCCAGUGUCUUGAGCAUAGGAAACCUCAAAGCCCACCCCUACAGUGACAUACUUCCUCCAAUGAGGCCAUACUCACUCCAAGAAAGCCUAUGAGAUUAUGGGGGGGCCAAUUACACCCAAACUACCACAGACACAAAAGGCUAGCCUUGGUCUGUCUGUCCAGAAAUCCCUGUAAGCAAGGCUAACAACUUAAUUCCCUCUUUUCCAACAGAAGCCUGCUGGGACUGGGUCCACUGCAGGGCCUGCCACACACAAUCUGAUAUUGCACACCUGAUUCCAGUCUACAACUGGAAAUCAUCAUCAUUGAUCCCAUUCCCUGGUGCCAGGAAGCAUGCCAUGUGUUUUCUGGGAAGACCCUGGAUUAGUACAGAGGCCUCAUCCCUGUUGCUGCCUUGCCCUGUGCCUCCUCUAUAAAGCAGAGACAUUCCUGUUACAAUGUUAAGCAGAUUUUGCCAUACUGCAUAGAUGCCCCUGCUGGCUCCCAGGCCAGCGUUUCAAGCAAUCUGGAAGGCUUUAUGUGUCCAGUUCCGUCUCCACCCUGACCUUCCACUGUGGCAGUCUGCCUGGCCUCCUGGCACUGCCCAGCAAGCCCCACCUCAAUACCUGCCCCCCAGGAAUAGCCUUUCCAGGAGCCACCCAGUACACACCUCAUUUUCUUCAAGGUCCCAUCUUCAAAACUUUCCAAAAGAAGCCCCAGCUAAAAUGUUGGCAUCUACAUCUAACAAAAGUAGGUAAGGAAGGACCAUCUCAAAAUGCACCAAAAUGGCAUACUGAUCAUUUGGAGUUCCUGGAGGAACUACUCACUAUUCACAGGUAUCUACCCAGAACACAUGCUUCAGGACAGCUAUGAAAGCAGCCCAUCAUAAAACCAUAAACUUACUUAAAACAUGAGAUUUUCGUGUGUUGAUUCCAUUGUGUGGUUCUCCAGCAUAAACUGCAAAUGAUAACAUCAUGUCACAAAGUCCAGAGGUAGAACUCCCUAACAACUUCAGAAAGGGCCAGUUGUCCUGUCAUUUCCUACAAGCCUCACACUAUAAAUGUUCCAUGGGGAGAAAUGUUUUCCCCACAAGACAUCAGCACCUGGGUUAUCCCAAGCCUGAAUAAAUAACUUUUCUUCUGCCUGCUUUUAUAGGCUCCCAGAUGUCUAGUGACAUCUCUAGAGUUUACUGCCCCUAGUCCAGAGAUCUGUGUUCCAUUAGACUUUACAGGCUACUGUAUAUUGCAUAAAAAGUCUAAAAGCAUCAUGCAUUGGUCAUUUCUUCACACUUCACUUUCUUGUGAAAAUCCUCACGUGCACAUAAAGGUAAUAAGUGGUGUGUUUUUUUUCUUCUUAAUCUUGUAUUAAUUCAGUUCCAACCUCUCCACUGUCAUCAAAAUUAGCCAAGUGUGGUGUCAUGCACCUUUAAUCCCAGCACUUAGGAGGCAGAAGUGGCAGAUCUCUGUGAAUUCGAGGCCAGCCUGGUCUACAGAGGGAGUUCCAGGACAGGCUCCAAAGCUACACAGAGAAACGAUGUCUUGAAAAACCAGAAAAAAAAAAAAAAAGAAAGAAAGAAAGAAACUCUAGUCAGUCAACAUUGUGUUGUAGCCACAGCUAUCCAGGUACUUCAAAUCUGAGUGACUAAGGCCCAGGAACACAGAUUCCAGGUACCCUAAGCCUCAUGUACCCCAGAGGUAACUCAUUCUUUUAAGCAGAAGGAAGUUGCUUUGCCUUGAUGGGCCUCAACAAAGCCUAGAUGCCUUCAUAUUUUUUUUUGGUAAUUUAAAUCCUAAGGAGUGAGUAGCAAAGCUGAUAUUUGCCUUUCUGCUGUUAUUGGGGUUGGAGAGGAUCAAUGGCCCCCAAGGCUGUUAAUCCCUAUUUCUCAAUUUCACAAAUCAAAACCCUAAAAUUAUUUAGGAACCAGACCAGGAGUAAAGGACUCCAAAUGUUUUUGGCAUUUCUGGACUUCAUCCAAGACAGAGCAAAGGACAUUUUUGGCUUUUGGACAAGGAUACAAAUCAAGGCCCCUAUCUCUAAAUAUUCUGCCCCAUUUCUAUCUUUCUUUUUUAUCAUUCCUCACUGUCUUAGUUAGGGUUUCUAUUGCUGUGACAAAACACCAAGACCAAAAACAAGUUGAGGAGGAAAGAGUUUAUUUGGCUUAUACUUCCAUAUCUCUAUUCAUCAUUGAAAGAAGUCAGGACAAGAACUCAAACAGGGCAGGAUCCUGGAGGCAGGAGCUGAUACAAAGCCAUGGAGGGGUGCUGCUUGCUGGCUUGCUCCCCAUGGCUUACUCACACUGCUUUCUUACAGAACCCAGGACCACCAGCCCAGGGGUGACACUAUUGGGAAUGGGCAAAAAGCACCUUGUCCUAAGAACUGCCAUUUUGACUUCAGGCUCCAUUUUACCAGUAGGGUGAAACAAAGUUCAGGUUCCCAAGCCCUAGGGAAGCUGGGAACCUUCCAAUGGCUGACCCACCUCCUCCCUAAACCAUAGAAAUAGUCAUUAUACAUAUUAGAAACAUUUUGGCUGUUCCUAACAAGAGAAAGAACAAAUAAAUCUGAUUGGUUGGAUUGAAAGCUGGCAUUCCAUGUUGGUUGACACCUGAUGGGACACACGGGGGAAGCCCCUAAUCUUUGAAUCCUGAUUGGUGGGAAAAUGGAACCGUAACUUGGCAAGGAUAUUUGUGGGUUUUGUGCUUAAGUACUUGCUGAAAUGUACAUUUUGAGAUCACAGUUCAGCUCCCAAGUCUGUUUUGCCAGCCUGAUGGAUCAGUUUUCUGUAGUGCUGCUCAGUAAUAAAUCUUGCUUUGCAGAACCUCUUGGGUCUGCUUGGAUUGAUUCGAAGCCUCGGACCACAACAGCACCAUCCACGGUGGGCUGGCCUUUCCCCCUUGAAUCACUAAUUAAGAAAAUGUUCUGCGGCUGGAUCUUACAGAGGCAUUUUCUCAAUUGAGUUUCCCUCCUUUCAGAUAACUCCAACCUACGUCAAGUUGACAUAAGACUAGUCAGCACACCCACUCUGAAGAAGAAACCCUAACUGCCAUUAGGGAAUUUAGAUGACUCCCAACCUGGCUUCUGUCUAUUGGGUGCAGUCAUCUGUCUGGUGGGCCUCUGCAAGGGUCCUUAAAACCAGCCAGCCAGGUACAGUGAGAAAAGGAGGUCACCAAUAGACACCUGGAUAGAGAUGAGGGUAAAGAAUAAAAUUAAGAGGGAUCUGGGAGAGUAGGCAUUGAGUAAGUGGGGUGCAGAGGGUUUUAGCGAUCCCACUCUUACAGACUUUCAAGCCUCAGAGGUUGAUCAAGGGGAUUCAGGUAGAUAAUUAGACUUUCUUGGGGCAGACUCCUAGCCAGGUGAUCCACAGCUGGUUAACUCCUGAGGUGACAAUAAUAUGGAAUGUUGCAAUGUUAGGUAGCUUGGAAAUCAGGUCUCCACCCAGAGCCAGAGGCCUAACUUUGAUUCCAAUCUCUUGAGCAGGAGGAAGUAACUUGUCUUGAAUAGGUGUGAGGUCCAAGCUCCAUGCUAGAAAAGGAAGAGUGUCAUAGGAGGCUGAGAUGUUGAGAAGUUGAAGGAAGAUUAAGAUAUAUUUCAUUAACCAGCACACAGACUGUUAGGCAGGCAGCUCCUGGCGGGUACCCAGACAGGCACAGCCUGCGUGCAGACCAGCAUGUAGGCCCUACGGAGUUAGGCAUACAGGUUUACAGACAGAUAUACACAGAUGGUAAGCAAUGGCAAAGGCUCAGACUUCUGCCUUUAAGCUCAUAUUUAUAUGGAAUCCACACAAAAGUGUCAUUCUGCUAGAACUGGUUGUCUAACAGUUGACAUCACUAUCUACUUUGGGGUUCCCUGAACAUUCAGUGACAGCCAUUAUGUGCUGACUCAUAGUUAUGCCCAACUCCAAUAACUAUUCAUUCAUUCAUUUAUUUGUUUGUUUGUUUGUUUAUUUAUUUGCUUACUUAUUUACUUAUUUGGUGUUUUGAAACAGGGUUUCUCUGUGUGUAGCCCUGGCUGUCCUGGAACUCAUUCUGUAGACCAGCUGGCCUCAAACUCAGAGAUUCACCUGCCUCUCCCUCCUGAGUGCUGGGAUUAAAGGCCUACAUCACACCACCACCACCACCCUGCCACCCAACCCAACACCCCCACACCCUCACUUUCAAUAGCUAUCUUGAUCUAUGCUGGAUAUCCACAUCAGCAUCAUGUUGUCUAAACAUAAAUUGGUCCCUUAAGGCCCUCGGUUCCCAGCAAUGGACCUCAAUAAAUAGCAGACAACUCCACCUUGUUAUAUAAUAAUUUAAAUCCUAAGGAGUGGUGAUGCUGAUGUUUACCUUUCUAGUGUUACCAAGGAAACAGGAGGUAGGAUCCAUCCUCACCUCACAGUAAUAAUUUAAAAAUGAAUACACUAAACCAGAGUUGUGGGUACAUACCUUUGAUCUCAGCACUUGGGAGGUGGAUCUUUGUGAGUUGGAGGGCAGUUGCACGUACACAGUAAGUUUGAGAACAGUCAACCUUACACAAAGAGACGUUAUUUCAAAAAUCAAAAAUAAGAGAGAGAGAGAGAGAGAGAGAGAGAGAGAGAGAGAGAGAGAGAGAGAGAGAGAAUUGGGAGGGUGGGGAGCACUAUGGUCUCAGAAACUAGGAAUCAAUGAAGAAGAAUGAGGCAGUUGUUUGGGGAUAAGAAAUUAUCAGGCAAAGUAUUAACUUCAUAGACAGACAGCAGCAUCGUGGGAGAUCUUAGAAAAGUUCGGGCCCAUGAGGCAGAGUAGGGAUUGUUAUGAUAUUUUGCACACGGGAGUGGAACCCCCAGCUGUCUGUGGUAUCUCACACACGAGGGAAAACAUGCCAGCAUGCUGGGCAGAUGCAGCAGUGGAUGGUGGACGAGACACACCAUGUGGGCAUGGCAGCAGUGGUGGUGGUGGCAGACAUUCAUUUGCGAAAAGAGUUUAUUAUAAUAGGAGAUAAAGAGACAAAGACAGAAGGGAGAGAAAGGAACAGAGAGAUGGGGGAUCGAGGGUGCACACUCAUGGCAGGGAAGAAAGAGAGAGCAGAAGAGAGAGAGAGGGGAAGGGGAGGGGUUUUUCCUUAAAAUGAGGCUUUUAUGUCAGGACACAGAGCGAUGCCAAGAGGCGGGUCAGAAUAUUAACGUUCCUCCGUUUUGAUUAUUAUAAAAAAAAGGUGAGUUAUGGGAACAAGUGAGGGAACAAGGGUGCUGAAUUUUCAAGACUGCUUCAAGCUGGCCAGGGGCAAAGUGGGGAGGUGGAAGCCUGGAGUCACACACGGCAGGAGGUGUGAGUGAUUAAGCAGCUUUCAAGUGUGGAGAUCUCAGGCAUCUAUUCCUUGAGGGAAUUGAGAAGGCAGGUUGCAGCAGUGAUGUUCCGGGAGGGGGAACUGCACACCAAAUCAGGAGUACAGGAACCAUGGCAUCUGCUGUAUCUUUGGAUGUCAGGAAGGAGGAGUGAAUCUGCAAAAUAUACUCGACAAAUGGGUGGGCUCAAAAUGGGCUCUGGAGAUGGUUAGUUUUCAUCAGACCAGAUUCUUAAUACAGUAGCAGAACUUUCCCCAGGAAUCUGCAGGUGUCUGUAAGACAAGUGGAAUAGAUUUAGCAAAAGGCUCAUGUCUUUGGAUUUAAAGGUAUGAACAUUUUCUGGCUUCAGCCCAAUAAUAUCUUUAAAUCUAUAACAUGAGGAAAUUUACUGAAUGGAAGUGGUUGAGUGAGUGAAGGAAGAGGAGACUUCGCUAAACAUCAUCAGAUCUGAGAAGGAUAUGUAAGUGAACAGAAGUGAGGCAGGUUUCUUGUCUUUAUAUAAACAAACCAGGAUACACUGAGUGCAGUCAAUAGUAAAAAGUUUCAUUGAAAUCUGUUCUGUGAGUUUAUCUGAUCUGGUAACAAGGUAAUGUCUAGACCUAGCAGUAGCCCUAGGAGAGGGAGACCUGUAAGUUUUACAUAGAGAACUGAGAAGGCAGCUGAAGCAAAGCCUGGUCAUGAAAUGGAAUCAGAGAUCUGAGAAGGAUAAAUCAUAUCAGAGUGCAGACCAAGCAGCUUUCGAAUCUAGCUCAGUCAGUAGAGCAUGAGAUUCUUAAUCCCAGGGUCGUGGGUUCAAGCCCCACAUUGGGUGCCAGAUGAAAGAUGAAUUGCUAACCGGUCUUAUUAAUAAAAAACCCAGAGCCAGAUAUUGGAGUGAAAACUGAGAGAUCAGAGAAGCAGAAAGAAGCCAGCCACAUUCUUAUCGCUCAGAAAUCCUCAGGCAAGAGAUAGCUACUUCCUGUAUACUCAUGCCUAUGUCCUUUCUCUGCCCUGCCAUCUCACUUCCUCUCUCCACCCAGCUACAUCACUUCCUCUCUGUCUGUACACACCUCCAGACCUCUAUGGUUAGCUAGUGCUGGGAAUUAAAGGCAUGUGUCACCAUGCCUGGCUCUGCUCCCAGUGUGGCCUUAAACUCACAGAGAUCCAGAUGAAUCUCUGCCUCCUGAAUGUUAGGAUUAAAGGUGUGUGCUACCACUACCUGACCUCUGUAAAAAAAUGUCCCAUUGAACAUGUGGUAUAACCCUAGCCUCUUAAUGUUUGACAGACAAUAAUCUGUCAUCUGAACAAUCUUGCCACUUGAAACUUUGGUAUUGAUCUCUGUGCCCUGACAAAAUAAGUAUUCUGUUAUAUGUGAGAUACAUUUGUACAUAAUGUCUAUAAUAACUAACACUCACUCUAGACUUCUAAGAGAUAUAAAAUUUAGGGUUUUGCCAAUGCUGUGGCCCUUUUACCCUACUGAGCCAAAGAUCCUAAAUUGUACUUCAGUAGGAAAGUUGACUUAAUACACACACACACACACACACACACACACACACACACACACACAAACUUGUAUAUAAUUCUUCUGUGCAAUAAUGCUAGUCAUCACUGACUCUUUUAUAUAUGUAUUACAUAAUUCAUUUAAGAUAUAAAGCUUUUAAAAACCACUUUAUUGAAAUGAUGUCCUCCAAAGUAGCAAUGUUCAUAGAACUAACCUUUUUCCAGCUUUAUGUUUGUGUAAUCUUGAUCAUAUUGUGACUACUCUUUUUAGCCAGUGUAAGGCAAAUAAACCCUUUCCUCCUCAGUUUCCUUUUUGUCAUGGUCUUUCAUUCAUCAAAGCAAUAGCAGCCCUAAGACAGGGAGACAGGGAGGAAUUCCCUUGUCAACCCUCUGUGAUCUUCCACAAGCUGCUUCUCUUUCCCAUGCAGGCUUGGGUUUCUCCAUUCUGAGUGGGGUUAGCUCAAGCUAUGCAGUUUGCCCUAAGGACAAGAAGAAUCAGGGCUAGUUUCUAGUCUGCUGUGCCAUUGCUCAGGUUGACUUUGGAUGUAGCUUCUGUUAUUGUCUCUCAUUCAGCCAUAAUCAGCUGCUGAGUACUUGUGUUGGACAACAACACUUCCUGGUUACUUUUGCAUUAAUUUUAUACACCACUUACUCUGUAAACUUUCAUAUAACAUGUAAAGUUCACAUACAUAGCAAUAUAUUGUGGUGAUAUUGUGUUCCUCAAUAUAUCAUGCACCCUAAUACAUUUUUCUGGGUCAGAGAACAGAACAGCCACUAGACAGACAUAGAGGCCAGAAAAUGGUGACACUCACACCUUUAACCCUAGCAUUCCAGAGGCAGAGAUCCGCCUGGAUCUCUGUGAGUUCAAGGUCACACUGGAAACAGCCAGGCAUGGUAACAAGAGCCUUUAAUCCCAGGGAGUGAUGGCAGAAAGCAGAAAGGUAUAUAAGGCUUUGAAGACCAGAAACUAGAAGCUUUUGGCUGGUUAAGCUUUUAGGCUUUUGAGCAGCAGUUCAGCUGAGAUCCAUUCUAGAUCUAGUCUGAGGAAACAGGAUCAGCUGAGGAACUGGAGAGGUGAGGUGGCUGUGGCUUGUUCUGCUUCUUUGAUCUUCCAGCAUUUACCCCAAUAACUAGCCUUGGGUUUGUUUUUAUUAACAAGACUCUUUUUCAGAUUCAUGCUACAAUAUAUACUUCUGAAAAUCAUAGAUGUGUAAGACAUCAUUUCAAAAGCGUCUUUAACCUGAAACCUUGUCUUUUUAGCGAAUCAUAGAAUGUUUCUAAGAGCAGAAGAGCAGCUUCAGGGUGACAGAGACAAGGGAAGGACUUACAGGCGCACAUUGAUCUGCAUUUUCCCAGGUCUCCAACAGACAAAAUAUACGAACACAAAUUAUGAUUAUUAUUUUAUUAUUUUGGUUUUUUGAGACAGGGUUUUUGUGUGUAACCUUGGCUGUCCUGGGAGUAGCUCUGUAGACCAGGCUGGCCUCAGAGAUCCACCUGCUUCUGCCUCCCGAGUGCUGGAAUUAAAGAUGUGAACCACUGUGCCUGGCUCAACAAAUUAUUUUUAAAUAACUAUUCAUACUCAUCUAUUUCAUCUUUUAUGAGCCAAGAAGCUGAACGGAUGCCUUCUUAGCAUCCUUAUCCUCAUGGUUCUGAACUGUUGAUGACAUAGCUAAUGGAGAUUGGAAAAGAAAAAUUAAUUUUUUGUUUAAAAUGUUUAUUGCAUUUGUUUAUGUAGGUAUAGGUACGUCGUGGCGCACACACUGGGAGCAGAGGACUACUUUCAGGAGUUGGUUUUCUCCUUCCAUCAUGUGUUUCUUGAGGCUCGAACUCUGCUUGUCAGACUUUGCAGCAAGUACCUUUACCCAUGAGCCACCUCAGUGGCCCAGAAACACCAAAUUUUAAAUGUCGUUUGAGCAUUCAUUACUUACAUUUUUGAUUUUGAAAGGUUUAAUUGCAUUCAAUUUGUAUGUUUGUUUGUUUAUUUAUUUAGAGACAGGGCUUCUCUAUAUAACAGUCCUGGUUGUCCUGGAACUCUCUGUAGACCAGGCUGCCUGGCCUUGAACUCAGAGAUCCACCUGCCUCUGCCUCCUGAGUGCUGGCAUUAAAGGCGCAUGUGCUACCACUGCCUGGCCUGAAAAGCUAUUUUUAUUAAAAUAACAAGAUGAAGUUCUUUUAAGAAAUUAUUAUUUAUUUUUAUGUGUGUGGAUGUUUUACCUGCAUGUGUGUUUGUGCAGCACAUGCACAUAGUGCUCAUGGAGGACAGAAAGGGCACUGGAUCCCUGGGACUGGAGUCACAGAGAAGUGUGGGCUCUUGGGAAUCAAUGCUGGGUCCACUGCAACAGCAGCCAGUGCUUUUAACCACUGAGCUAUCUCUCCAGCAAAUGAAAACUUACAAAAUUGGUUGAUUAGUCACAUGUAAUCUCUACUGAAAUCUCUAAUUCAUAUAUACACGAAGAUGAGAACUCAAGACCCAUAAGCACAACAAUCCUUUCAAAGCAAUUAACAGCUCAAAAUACUAAAAUGUCAUCAAAUCUUGGAGAAGAGUGUUCAAAAGGUAGAUAGCAAGAAUGGAGAAAGCAUUUAUAAAAUUGGGUUUGAUAAGAAAGCUUUUGUUAGGUUUGGGCUAGGGGUUUGGUUAGGCACUCCUCAGGCUCUCUCUCUCUCUCUCUCUCUCUCUCUCUCUCUCUCUCUCUCUCUCUCUCUCUCUCUUUCUUACCUCAUAGCUGCUAUAAGAGAAAUGGCAGACACCCUACUGAGAGUCCCUUUGUAAGUCUGUGAUUCUCAAAGGGAAAUUAUGGAGGGCCUAAGCAAACAAAGGCUGCAGGGACACAUCAAAGAGGGUGUGUCACAUAACCAAGGGGUCAAAGCUCAGUUCCUUUACCAUUGCCUGGGAGUAUAAGACACUCUGACUACAAGCACAUACUCUGGGCUACUCACCAAUUCCAUGACAUAGAACCUCCCCCUCUCUUUGAAACCUGUAGAAAGGCACCCCUGUUAAUAUUCUGACCCGCCUCUUGGCAUCACUCUGUGUCCUGACAUAAAAGCCUCAUUUUAAGGAAAAACCCCUUCCCUUGCCCUCCCUCUCUUCGGCUCUCUUUCUUCUCUGCCAUGAGGUGUGCACCCUUAACCUCCCCCAUCUCUCUCUUCCUCUCUCUCCCUUCUGUCUCUUUAUCUCCUAUUAUAAUAAUCUCUUUCUGCUCAGAUGCAGAGCUUGGGUUGUGAAUGAAUGUCUACCUGCCGCCACCACCAUGCCUUCAUGGCGUGUCUCAUCCAUCACCCACCGCUGCAUCUGCCCAGAAUGCCAGCAUGUUUUCCCUCAUGUGUGGGAUACCCUGGCCAGCUGGGGGUCCCCCAAAUGCAAAAUAUCAUAACACUGGUGCUAGUGACUUGGCAGAGGUCCUCCUGGUGCAUUUCUUCUGCCUGCUGGCAGUCUGAGACACACUAGGAGCCCUAGAACCUUCAACACUCACUUCAGCCAACACUGGCAUAAUCGGUAAGACCCCCUUUUGGUAAGCCUCCCUUUGGGCCAUUUUCCCACAAGUGAGGAUUCAUCUCAUUUCACUCACUGGCAACACAUGUCUUUCGGGCUUUAAGCCCUUCAGCCCCUGUCCCUACACAACGGCACAUGGAGACAGCCUGUGCCCACUCCAUUCCACGGCCCACAGCCUUUGUGACGAUGGUCCACUGGCUAUCUUGCACUGUUCGUCAGUCCUCCCUGACCCCCUGGGACGCUGGAGGUCAGUCUGAUGGAUAUGGUGAUAUUUUAUUUGUGCUGAAAUGUGAUUUUAUUUGUAUGUUAAUAAAUAAAGUUGCGGGGGUCAGAGCUAAUAGCAAGCCACUUAGCAGAAGUCUGGCAGUGGUAGCACAUGCCCUUAAUCCAAUCACAUGCCAGGCAGAGUCUGUGUGUUCAAGGACAUAGCCAGCUUGGAGACACACACCUUUAAUCUCAAUACCAAACAUAGAGACCUGGAGGUCUGUAUAGACAGGCAGUGAUGGAGGUCAUGUGGUUGGGUCUACAACCAAUGAGAAGACAGAACAGAAAGUCAAUAAAAAGAUAGACAUGUGGUGAUAUUGUGUUCCCUGAAAUAUUGUGCACUCUAAUAAACUUAUCUGGGGUCAGAGAACAGAACAGCCACUAGAUACAGAGGCUAAAAAAUGGUGGCACUCACACCUUAAUCCUAGCCUUCUGGAGGCAUGGAUCUCUGUGAGUUCAAGGCCACACUGGAAAUAGCCAGACAUGGUGACUCACAUUUUUAAUCCCAGGAAGUGAUGGCAGAAAGCAGAAAGGUAUUUAAAGUGUGAGGACCAGGAACUAGAGGCUGGUUAAGCUUUUAGGUUUUUGAUCAGCAGUUCAGCUGAGACCCAUUCAGAUGAGGACACAGAGGCUUCCAGUCUGAGGAAACAGGAUCAACUGAGAAACUGGCGAGGUGAGGUAGCUGUGGCUUGUUCUGCUUCUCUGAUCUUCCAGCAUUCACCCCAAUACCUGGCUCCAGGUUUGUUUUUAUGAAUAAGAGCUGUUAAGAUUCGUGCUACAUCUGGCGCUCAAUGUGGGGCAAGACACACAGGAAGUAGGUCUCUUUCUGAGGAGAAGGAUUGUGGGGCAUUUACCCACCAACCCCACAGCUCUCCAGAGUUUUCUUGAGUGUGAGCAGCAGAAAAUACUAGAUAGAAGGAUUUAUUUCAGAGAAUAUUGCAGAGAUAAACAGAUAGAUAGCCUCGAGAGGGCCUGGAACCUUUUCCAACGGCCCCGACUAUCUCUGCCCCAGGGUUUUUAUAGAGACGCCAAGGGGGUGAAGCAAAAGACCUCCCCCCGAGCACAGCCAAGUGCAGACCAUCUCAGACACCUGCACUUAGGCCUGUGGUCUAAUCAUCCUCAUGCAGACCUGCUGGGCAAAACCAGGAACCUGAAAACGGGCUCCCACAAAGGACAACAAUGGACAGCGAGGGGUAAGAAGGGGGUCUUGGUCUUAGCUCUUGGCUGCUGCUUGAUCUCUGGGCUUUUAACUCUGCAUUUGGCUCUGUGUUUCUUAUUUAAUAACACCGUCCAAAAUUACAUCUACAGCUGGACCUUUAUCUCACUGUGGAAAAUGUGUUUAUGCCCCCACCACCACCACUGCCACCGACCCAUGGCUUGAGUUUGUUCCUCUGCCGUAACCCCACGGGUUCCUCUCUCCUGCCCAGCUGCACUGCUACUCCGUUUCCUGGUCCCCUCCACAGCACCGCCUCUGAGCUCCAAUUCAUUAACCUUAAAAGUUUUCCAGAAAAACCUUUCUCCCUCUUUCUUUCAAAAAGUCUAUUUCCUAUAUGUGAAUGGAAAUAUAUGAUUGAUGUGAUCACCUAUAUUUCUUUCUGACCGACUUUUAAAUACUUCAAUUUACCUGUUCCUUAUUUGCUCAGUUUAUUUUGGGAAAAAAAAAAAAAGAACUCACAUGACCACGUGGUCAGUCACCGUAUUUGAUAAGGGCUGUCACGUGGUCAGGCAGACACCAUCUUUGCUAAGGUCAAAGGGGGACAGGUCAUAUGACCUCACUGCCAUCUUUACUAAGGGCAUUCCCUGUCCAUGGCUCGAGUAUGGGCAGGGCACCCGGUGCUCAGGCCAUCUAUAUGGGGGAGAGGUCAGGAAAUUACCUUGCACCACACAUUGUUUUACCAUUAUUUUAUGGGCCAAGGGAAGUCCUCUGGUCUUGGCCUGGAAUUCCCCAGCUGCCACUCUUAGGCUCGAGGGGACGGGGCUGGUGACCUAUCCUCCCCACAUGCUGGUGAUAUAGUCAACUUGCCAGAUCAUUUCAUUGCCUGACUCAGUUGUGGGAAGGGGCAGCAUGAUCCUGUGCUGGAAUAAGGUGGCAACAGUAAUGCUUAAGAGAUUUUUAAUUUUUUUUUAAAAUGCCAUAUACUUUAUUUUUGAUAUUGCAAGAAGACAUUUGAGAGAUCUUGAAUCUAUCCUUGGGAGCAGUUUUUAGGUCUCCUGAUAAAUGAUUCAGGAUAUAAAUACCAGUUACAAAAAUAUGAAUUUAAAUUUCUCAUCAGGCUAAAGACUUCUCUCUGUCCAAUCUGUACCUGGCUCUUUCUAAAUAAAAGUUGUACAUACUUUUAAACCCAAAUCUGUAAUUUUGCUAGGACUCAAAGGUAUGAGCCUAGAUAUUCAUUAUCUGCUUUUCUAUGAUUUAGAUUUCAAUACUGAUUGAUAAUAUCUAAAACUUUUAUGCCCUUUUAUAAAAUAAGAAUUCAUAUAAGCCUCAGAGGAUCAAAAGAAGCCAUUGGAUCCACUUCACAGAAGUCAAAAGGACUCCAGAUAAGUACAAUAGUACAGCUUGAGUUUUCAAACUCCUCCUCUUCCCAAUUACUAAGACUGUGGGCCUAAAGAUUCCAAAUAAGAUCAUAAAUUUUAACUUUUGUCUCUAGUCUAUCUGCUUCAAGAGGUUUUCCAUUUGACUGGCAGAUACGUCAAAGCAGCAGUUGUGGACCACAACCUGCAGCACUGGACACUGGGUUCCCCAGCUACGGAUGCCAGCAGAGACUCUUGUCUAUAUGAUGUGGGCCGAUCCAGCCAAACAUAAUUGUUCCCUGCCUCUACAGCUAGGUCAGAUGACCAGAUACUUCUGAUAAAUGCCCCAUUGCUCAAAUUCCCUCCUUACCUUUGACUAGCCAGGGUCCUGACCACCUGCACCCCAUUUCAGCUUGAAGCAGUUAUGGAAGAGAAUGUGUCAUCCUCUGCUCUCUGCCUCAAAACAGACUAAAGGGCUAAGUUAAAGGUAAAACCCCUUUAGUAGGGGACCAUAUGGCUACCUAACACCUAUUGAUUUAUGCAGAACCAAGGAAGUAUAUGACCUUAAGAAAUAAUUAUUUCUAUAUAAGUCAUUCAGGAUUAUAAUCUGUCUCUAGACUAGAACUACAGGGCCUUAAAAAUGGUAACAAAUGUAGAUAUUGCUGCCAAUGGCUUAAAAAAUGUCUCUCCUUACUCAGGGUCUAUUCAGCUCUAAGAAUGUAAGUCUCCUUGUCCUUGUUAAAUUUAUCUGUUCAGAUUAACAAAAGCUGACUUAGAGAUUUAUACCUCUAGAAAAGUUAAAUAAAUGAUGGCAUAUGUUUAAUAAGCAAGAUAUAUAUCCUAUGAUGGAGUUUCUGGUCCCAUGAGAGGGUCCUUUUCUCAGAGGGAACCUUUUCUCAGAGUUGGGCUGCAUCCUGACUCACAAACCCUUUUCUCCUGUCUCCAUUCAGCCUUGGGAUCUUUCCCAUCACUCUUCUUUGCCUUCCCAGGAGACAGCAAGUCCUAGCCUUACGGAAGCUGCUCAGAUAUGGAGGACUUAAGGAAUACUAGCUGAUAGCCAUUUAUAUCUAAUAGACAGGCAGGUAUAUAGUCCUCAAAUGCUCAGAGAUCUGCAGAAUAUGGCAUUUAAAAUGUUGAUCAAAAAGCUUUUUAAAUCAGACAGAGACUCCCAGAUCCUAGCAGUGACCCAAGUUCUCCAAAGAAGAAUAUGAGGCACCACGAUGUCUCCACCUGGAUGAUGGCAACGCUGACCUCUAGGCAAGAUGCCCCAAUGUGACACCUGCUACCAGGACCUAGCCACCUGUAUGGACAAACACCAGGACAUUAGAGAAUUGAUUGCACCCCUUUUGCUUAGACAAGGUAAGAUCAGUCUUCUCUAUGUCCCUUCUCCAUGAGAAAAACUCCCACCUUAUGGACCUGGUGGCCAAAGAUUGAUGCUGUUCUGAUACUUCUGCCUCCAACUAUGUGGAGACCUGGGUAUGGACUGGUUCCUGUCAUUUUUAAUAGAUUCAAAAGCUGUAUAACUUUUCCUUCUCAGAUCUCUGAUUCUAUUUGAUGACCAGGCUUUGCUUCAGCUGCCUUCUCAGUUCUCUAUAUAAAAUUCACAGGUCCCCCUCUCCUAGGGCUACUACUAGGUCUGGACACAAUUUACCUUGUUACUAGAUCAGAUAAACUCACAAAACAGAUUUCAAUGUAACUUUUUACUACUGACUGCUCUCAGUAUCUCUUGGAGAAUUAGAUAAAAGAAACAGCUUUAAAGUUAGUUUAUAUGAAGAUAGGAAAGUUAUCUCACUUCUGUUCACUUACAUAUCCUUCUCAGAUCUGAUGAUGUUUAGAGAAGCCUUCCUCUUUCUUCACUCACCCAACCACUUCCAUUCAGUAAAUUUCCUCUGGUUAUAGAUUUAGAGAUAUGUUUCACUGGGCUGAAUCCAGGCCCUUUUAUGUUCAUACUUUUUAACCUUGUGAUUUGCGGCAAGUCCUUAGGCUAGCUGUUUUGACUUGUUGAGAAGUUGGAGACCAAGUGAGGUCCUCCUCACCUCUGGAACUGAUCCCAGGACCUUGGGACAGCAAAGCUCAGGCGAGCUUCCCUAGUUACUAGCACUUCCUGCAUGUAGCCACACGUGAUGGCUGGAGAAGUAACUGCUGCGCACAGGGGAGAAGAUAGCCUAAGUCAUGCCUGCUGUCUCUUGGCCUGCAUACCACACACUCUUUUCCCCAUGCAUACCAUAAGCAGCGUCCUUACACUGUAUUAAAUUAAUACUGUGGGCAGGUGUGCAACACAGUGGACAUAAAGAUCAGAGGACAACUGAUCAUGGGAACUCUGUUCUUUCCCUCCACCACAGGAUCAGGGAUUGAACUCUAGUCAUUAGGCUUGCAUGGCAAGCGAUUCUACUGGCUGAGCCAUCUUGCUGGUCCUAAUUUCUUAGCUGUACUAUGGGAACAUAAUACAUUAGCAUUAGAGGAAGCUGAGUGGAGGGUAUAUACAAAUUCUGUGCUACUUUUUGCAGCUUUUUAAAAGUCUAAAGUUAUUCAAACUAAAAAGUUAAAAACAAAGAACAAAGAAACAUGAGAUGACAACUGUCAAGGCUGCUAUCACAUGCAUGCAGGGCUCGGAUACAUGUGGGGGUCAGAUACAUGCAGAUGGAAACGAGAUGAGCAUUGGAAUGAUUGACAGUCGAUGCACGUGGGUGUCAGGCACAUGUAGGGUUAUUAUUUUUUCUCUCUAUUUUUCUAUAUGUUUUUACUUAAUUAAAAAUAGAAGUAAGCAAAGCAUGGUGGCAUGUGCUUCUAAUCCCUGCAGGAUAAGGGGUUCAAGGGCACAUUUGUACUCAUACACAUACACACACUCUAAACAUUUUUUUAAGAUGUGGAAAUUCUAAUGGAAGCAAAUUAAGUAACUAUCCAUGGUCAAUGACGGCACAAAUGCUUAGAGAGGUCAAAUGAGCACCUCCAAACAGUGAAGUCAAGGCUACCUUUGUUUGUUUGUUUGUGUGGGGUGGGCAGAUGGGGAAGGCAGCAGUUAGCUUGUGCUGUGGUGCACUGGGGGCUGUCAGAGCACAGCUUUAGGAGUAGAUUCUCUCCUUCCACGUGGGAUGCAGGGGUCACACUCAGGCCCUCAGGCUUGUGCAGCAAGUGCGUUCACCUUGUUGAACUCUCCCACUAGUCUUGGUCAAAGCUACCUAACCUGAAACCAUCACCCAUGUGUAGCUGCCACCAACAGCCAGGGCCACACAGUCCCAGUAUGACAGGUUAGGUGACCCUGGGUCACAGGGAAUGGCAUCUUCCUGCAGAGCUAACUGUACACUACCUUGGGGAUACACUGGGGAGCUGUGUGGUCCCUUAGUGUGUGAGUGUGUGUGUGUGCAUAUGAACACACCCAUGCAUAUACACACUUUUGCAUGUGCACACAUGCACACAUAUGACACAAACAGGGAGAUGGACAAGGUCCCAGAUAGGAAGACACCUACCCAGAAUUACCAAGCUUCAGAAGUCUUGCCAGGAGAGCUGGCUCUGUGACUUCUUUCCCAAUAUUGUACAAAUGGAGCAGGAGUUCAUCUUUGUCACCUGAGAUUUGGUUCAAAUUUCAGGUUGGUGAUUUAUUUAUUGCACAACCUGGGCACAUGGCAUUACCUAGGUCUUCACUUACCACAUGAAGAUUCACCCUACCUUCUCUGGGAAAGGGUGGAAGUAAAAGAAGCUCUCAGUCUGCCUCACUCACUUGUGGAGACUGGUUCUCCUCAGUACCCUAUAUAACACACUGCAGUACUCCUCAAAUACUGAGCCGGGGUGGGGGGGGCAGGUGUACAUCAGUGACGAGCAUGAUACAGACAAGGGCACAUUUAGAGCAAAGCCAUUCACUUCACAGAGCAGUCCUUUCCCAUAAGAAUCACCGGGAAGCCUGCUCAGCUCAUGUGACACUUAUAGGAAAGUAGGGUCAACCAGGACUUGUCCAGGAUCUCCCUGUGGAAACACCACCAGGAAACAUGGCUUUAGGUCCUAGCACCUCAAAAGGAUCCCCAGCUCUGAGACAGGAGGCUGAAUCUUUCCAAGACCACCUAGCACCUGACACAGCACCCCCACCCUGCCCCGGAACACUGGCAGGAAAGAGCAGGGCAGUGCUCUGGCUGGGCCUGUAAAUUCCAGCCCUAAGGGAGGAGAAAGGGGUGGAGCCAACAGUCUGAAGAUUGGGCCAGUCAGAGAGAAGCCAGCCAGGGUGACAGAGCUGCCCCAGGACAGAGGUGAGUGAAGGAGAGUCCCAGGCCGCAAAUGGAGAACUGACAGACCCUACCAAAGGUGCAGCAGGAGCCUAGACAUCCUCAAUGGCUCUGAGCAUUGCCUUCCUCCCUCACUCUUAUUUACAAGCACCUCCUAGAGGUAGCUAGUUUAAACUUUGGUAGGGGGAAGCUGGUAAGGGCAAUAACAAAAAUGUAAUGAGUUACUUGUCCUGCCUAUUAGACGGUUAGGACAGAGAGAGGGUAUCAGCAAUGUAGGUAGUGGGCUUGGACUGUUAAAGGAGGUGCAGGGAGCCUCACUGAGGUCUGAUACCAAGGCAAGACAGAGGAAGUCAUGGUGACAUCUGGGGAAAGAGUGUCCAGGCAGAGGCAGGGCCCUGGCAAAGGCUGGCCAUGGCAGGAGGCUGGAGAGUUGGGGAAUAGCAAGGUUAUCUGGUAUAGAGGAAGCUAGAGGCAAGAAGAGGCAGCUAGGCAGCCUCACAGGAAGGCAAGCAGACAAAGGGCUCCUUGUCCAUGCCAGGUCCCUGUCAGUACCCCACAGAAGCCUGCCUGGGCUGAGGCCUGACAAGGGUACCUCCUUCCUCAGUCCUGUCCUCACUAGGAAAUGACUAGGCCCUUACUGUAUAGGCUCAGGAGAGGAAAGAAAGGAAAGCAGGUGGCAGCCACACUCUGGGACGAGGGAGACACAAUGCCACCUUCCUAGCACUCACUGCUAUGGGCAAGAGUACCUCAGAGGGAUGCCCAGUUCUUACAGGAAUGUUCUGUUGGGAGGGUUGCAUUACUGUAAGGUCUCUAGAGGCUGGAACUCACUAGGAACACUGGAGAGCUGAGCCUUGGCCAGGGAGAACAGGGCAAAGAUCAGGAAGAGAGGGGGGUUGGGAACAAGGUGGCAGAGCGGGCAGCCUAGCUGCAGGGAAGUACGUGGUCAUGAAAGGACUCCUUUCUGCAACCGACUCCCUUCUGGACACUGAGGAUCCACUUACAAACAAGAAAGGAAAACAUGACCAGAGACACUGAGGCCAGGUGAGAGGUGAAGGUGGCUGAGUGAUAGCCAAGGAGAUGGCAAGGAACAGAUGGAGUUUGGGUGCUCAAAGGUGAAUGGAUGAGUCUCGCUGUUGACUCACUGUGGGAGGAUAGGGGUUUUGAAAAGGCCAAGGGUUUGGUUGAAGGAGGCAGGAGCCACCUUGGCUAUCGGGAACACCGGGGACACGGGGAACACUUCACAGGAAGAGAGCAAACUCUCCCCCUCUGUCUUCUUUUUACAAGUGUCCCUUCUUCCUCCUCUUCCCGUCCAUCUUCUUCUUCUACAGUGAUAGGAAUUUAACCCAGGGCCUUGUGUAUGCUAGGCAAGCACUCUCCUACUCUUCUAUUGCCAUUUUGAGACAUGGUGUCACUAAAUUACCCAGACUGUCCUUGAAUACAUUCUGUACUCCAGGUAGGUCUUGUGAUCUUUGCCUCCCAAACAGAUGGAAUUACAGGCCUAUGCCAUCAGGUCCCACUGCACAGUACUCAUUAGGUAUCACAGAAAUGGAGAUGAAUGAAGUGAGUGGGACCACAGAGUCCCUGUAGUGAGCCUCCCAGUAAGGUAAAUAAUGAACAAGGUAUAUGCUUUGUGUCAGACCCCAGCCAGCUCUCAGCCACCUCUAGUAGUAGCAGCUCACAAAACCUCUCUAGGACUGUUCUCUUCCACGUGCCUCCCACUGACUCUUCAUGAAAACUAUCUCACGCAUUGCUAUGACACAAGCUAUAGAGGGUGGAACAGGAGCUUCAUGACCUUGGCUACUGCAGACAGCAACCCAGACUGCAUUCACUCAUGAACAAUGUGUGGACCACAGCCAGUAGCCAUGAGAACAGGGUAGGAGUAUGAUGUCAUUCAGGUAAUUAAGACAGGCUCUGACUGACCCUGGCCCUGGGCAAUGCCUUUUGCACGCAGGUUCUUGGCUCCUCCCAGUGCUCAGAGCAGACCCUCAAGGCAGCCAGGCCAGAAGUGUUUCUCUCUCAGACACCAGGCAGAUCCAAGAUGGGGAGCCCAGUGCACCGAGUAUCACUGGGGGAUACCUGGAGCAGGCAAGUUCACCCUGACAUAGACAGUGAAAGGUGUAUACCAUCCUUCAGUGUGGAGCGGCUCACCAACAUCCUUGAUGGAGGCGUCCACAACACUGUGCUGAGGAGGAAAGUUGAAAGCAUCCUCCAAGGUGACCCAGUGUUCAACCUGAAGGACCAUUACUUCAUGACUCAGGAUGAGCAAUACGAGGCUGCAGUUCAAAAAAGAUUCCACCUUGAGAUGCUAGCCCGGCGUCUAGGCUGGUCAGAAGGCAGUCCUGAACGCAAUUAUGCUGACAGGGUACUUUCUGGAUAUGCCAACUUAAGCUUACAUGGUAUUGCCAUGAAUGCUCUAAGAAGUCUGGGCUCAGAUGAGCAGAUUGCCAAAUGGGGUCAACUCGGCAAAAAUUUCCAAAUCAUCACAACAUAUGCCCAGACAGAACUGGGACAUGGGACAUACCUGAGGGGCCUGGAGACUGAAGCCACCUAUGAUGCAGCCACCCAGGAGUUUGUGAUACACAGCCCUACAAUGACUGCCACCAAGUGGUGGCCUGGGGACUUGGGACGGUCAGUCACGCAUGCUAUAGUCCUUGCCCAGUUGAUCUGCUCAGGAGCCCAGCAUGGCAUGCAUGCCUUCAUUGUGCCCAUCCGGAGCCUACAGGACCACACCCCACUGCCAGGAAUCACAGUUGGGGACAUAGGGCCCAAGAUGGGCUUGGAACACAUAGACAAUGGCUUCCUGCGAUUGAACCACGUGAGGGUUCCCAGAGAGAACAUGCUGAGCCGCUUUGCAGAGGUCUUACCAGAUGGUACCUACCGGAGGCUCGGGCCAGCACAGAGCAAUUAUCUGGCCAUGUUGGUGACCCGGGUGGGGCUGCUGUUAAAAGGAAUCCUACCCUUCCUCCAGAAGUCUUGUGUCAUUGCUGUGCGCUACUCAGUCAUACGCCACCAGUCCCAUAUUCGGCCUAGUGACCCAGAGGCAAAAAUCCUGGACUACCAGACACAGCAGCAGAAACUCCUUCCUCAGCUUGCCAUGAGUUAUGCCUUUCAUUUCCUGGCCACUAGCAUCUUAGAAUUCUUCCACAGCUCCUAUAGUGCCAUUCUGAACAGAGACUUCAGCCUCCUGCCCGAGCUCCAUGCACUGAGCACUGGUACGAAGGCCAUGAUUUCAGACUUCUGUACCCAGGGGGCAGAAAUAUGCCGCAGGGCCUGCGGUGGUCACGGCUACUCAAAGCUGAGUGGUCUGCCGACACUGGUCACCCAAGUGACAGCCUCUUGCACCUAUGAGGGUGAGAACACGGUGCUCUACUUGCAAGUGGCCAGGUUUCUGAUGAAGAGCUACCUGCAGGCUCAGGUGUCCCCAGGCUCCACACCACAGAAGUCUCUCCCUCAGUCUGUCAUGUACCUUGCCACACCAGGGCCAGCCAGGUGCGCAGCCCAGACAGCAGCCGACUUCCUCUGCCCAGAUCUCUACACCACAGCCUGGGCACAUGUGUCUGCCAGGCUCAUAAAGGAUGCAGUACACCAUACACAGACCCUCAUGAGAUCUGGGAUUGACCAGCAUGAUGCCUGGAACCAGACUGCUAUCAUACACCUUCAGGCUGCUAAGGCUCACUGCUACUACAUCACUGUGAGGAGUUUUAAGGAAGCUGUGGAGAAACUAGACAACGAAUCAGCGAUUCAGCAGGUGCUCCAACGCCUCUGUGACCUCUGUGCCUUACAUGGUAUACUGGCUAACUCAGGUGACUUUCUUCAUGAUGGUUUCCUGUCUGGGGCCCAAGUGGACAUGACUAGAACAGCCUUUCUUGACCUACUCCCCUUGAUCCGGAAAGAUGCAAUCUUGUUAACUGAUGCUUUUGACUUCACGGAUCAUUGUUUAAAUUCUGCACUCGGCUGUUAUGAUGGACAUGUCUAUGAACGUCUGUUUGAGUGGGCUCAGAAGUCACCAGGCAAUACUCAGGAGAACCCUGCCUAUGAGAAAUAUAUCCGACCGCUGCUACAAAGCUGGAGACCCAAGCUGUGAAAAGCCAACAGUAUUCAGGAUCAAGAAGUACUAUAGUGAUACUACGGCAUACAUCUAAAGAUUUAAAGUUAAAGCAAAGGCAGAGUGGCUAGUUCCUCAACUCUUAGUAAGCUGGUACGUGAAUGAAUGUUCAUCAUAUUAUUCUACUUCUGAGUAUAUCUGAAAUUUCCCUUUGUCUAUUUGUAGUAUGUAUUUGGUUAAAUGCUAGAAUUUUCCUUUAAAAAUAACAAAAGCCAAUAAACUCAUUAGUCACUUGUGGGAUGGUCUGUAUGUCAAAUGUGUUGCUGAUUGGUCAAUGAAUAAAUCACUGAUUGGUCAGUGGCCAGGCAGGAAGUAAGGCGGGACUAACAGAGAGGAGAAUUGAGAGAACAGGAAGCUGGGUGGGAGAGACACUGCCAGCCGCCAUGAUGACAAGCCGCAUGUGAAGAUGCCGGUAAGCCACGAGCUAUGUGGCAAGGUAUAGAUUAAUGGAAAUGGAUUAAUUUAAGCUGUAAGAACAGUUAGCAAGAAGCCUGCCACGGCCAUACAGUUUGUAACCAAUAUAAGUCUCUGUGUUUACUUGGUCGGGUUUGAACGGCUGUGGGACUGGCAGGUGAGAGAGAUUUGUCCUGACUGUGGGCCAGGCAGGAAAACUCUAGCUACAGUCACUACUUAUGUUGUUUAUUUAUCGAGGGUAUGCUGGGAUCGAAAAAUCUGAUGGAAGUCAGCAAGCACUCUACCACUUACCUUUAGCAUUUACCCUCAGGUUUACAGGAACACAUAUGCAGUCUUUCAAAGGUACCUGGAUGUGCUAUAAUCUAAAUAAAAUAUAAAGGCUCAGAAUGCAACAUAUCAUUUUUUUGAAAUCAACUCUUCCAUAGUAAAAAUUAUUUAAGAUUUCAUAAAGAGGCAGAAUCAUCUCAAUAUAUUCAAAUAUAACCAAACUACAUUUUUCAUUUCAUUUCAACUACACAACAACAUAAAAUAGUUACAGCAUGACAGCUAAGUGAUGAGCACUUACCUAACAUGAACAAGACCCUGGUCAAUCCCUAGGACUGAGGGAAAAAACAAACAAAACUUAAAAAUCCUGCUAGCUGCUUUUAUUCAUAGAAGCAAUCAUUUACCUGCUAAUAAUUAGUGAACCAGAGAAAAUUUGCCAACAGCAAACUUCCCUUUUGGGAGAAUGGGGACAAGGAAGAGAACUCAGAAAUAUUCCCUUUUCCCAAACUUGAAACUAGUAUUACUCCUACUUCCACAACUUUAAACAUAUAUAUGCAUAUAUAUAUAGGUUUUGUGUGUGUGUGUGCGUGUGUGUGUGUGUGUGUGUGUGUGUGUAAGCAAGCCAGUGGUGCCAGAUCUGCCUAGAGCUAGAGUUACAGGAAUUGUGAGCCACUGCUGUGGAUGCUGGGCACCAAAUUCCAGUCCUAUGCAAGAGCAGCAAGUGCUUUAACCCAGAGCCUUCCACAACAGUUCUGAACCCAAAUCAUUACUUCAUAUUGACUUCAGCUAGCUCCAUGGCACAUGACCAAUUUGGAUCUUUAUUUAAGAAACCAUAUAUCAAUUUACAAUAGGAGCAAAUGUUCCAAACGGUAACUUCUCUCCAGUUCAUCAAUAUACUGAAACUAUAGCAACCGGUCAAUAACAAUGAAGUAUCCUAGUUUGAAGAUGAGGUAAUCAUGGGUUUCUUGUAUGUGUGUGGGAGAAGGGGGGGUAGUUUGGCAAUCUUAAAUUUUCAAAGAGACAUGUAAGUAAAUAUGUUCAUCUUCCUUUCAAAGGGAGAAUCUUAGAAUAGUCUCAGAGAAGAGGAAAAGUGUCUUGUCUGCCCUAGGGCCAAAACCACAGAAGUCCACAAUUCCCUUAAAACAGGGAAGUUGUUAUGUGAUGUUCA